ACGUUCUUUAACCCCUCUCUGUUUUUCACACACCACUCCACUCACUCAACUUUGCAAUAUCUUUUUCAAUCCUUCACACUCUCUUCAAAUACACAAUCACCGCACUCACAUAAACACAUAGAAUCAACACACACAUACUCACACAUACACCCAUACACACACAUACACACAUACGCACAUAUACACAACCACACAAACACGCAUUCACAGAUUGAAAAGAAGGCGCUCCAAUGAAGUUGUUCAAGAUCGACUUUGGAAUCAAAGACCGCUAUCGACGGGGCCUGGCUCAAGGCACCAGGGCUAAUCGAUCACCUCAAUCAGAGGCAUCAGCGACGUUUAGUAAUCCCGAAAAUGAUCAUGAUCCACACCACCAAGCAACCUCCCCUUCAUCACCCUCAGCCCUUUUUUCUGCAGGGACUCCAUCACUCAAAUCGCGGGAUGAACGUAUGGAGCAAUGGAAUGAACUAGGGACCUCAUCUUUAGAGACAUCAGCGGUGAUAGAGGAGGCUAGCUUUAAUAAUGAAGUUAAUAGCAGUGUUCAUCCUUUUACGACAGCUGUGGCACACCCCCAUGCUCGCGGAAGUAAUCGACAUGUGGGACAGGAAUAUGACAAUGAAUAUGAACAUGAGCAACUGAACGACGGAUAUCUACCAUCUGCAUCCUAUGUAUCUUCAUCCACAAAAGAUAACCUGUCCUCUUCAUCAUAUUUACUCUCACCAUCAUCUUCAUACUCCUCAGAUGACGACGAGGGAAGCGACGAGGGAAGCGACGAUGGAUCAGAAAGCGAUGGGUCACAAGAAGAUGACGAUGCAAGUGAUCAAGAAGUUGAUUCGCCAGGUUUCAGUCUUAGUCAAGCUCGGCAACAUCAUCGUAGCCAAUCCCAACAUCUCUACCAAUCCCAAUAUCUCGACUACUAUGGAAGGGGUUAUAAUGUAGGCGAACACGCAGGUUUUCUACCUCCAGCACCGGUACCAGCAAUUGUGCCAGCAUCAGAUAGAGAGGCGUUAGAGCAAGAGGCAAGACAACGCAGAUUUGAGAGACAUAUUGACAAAAGACGUCAAUCUUUGAAUGGAACACAGCCACCUCCUGCCCCACGUAGGAAAAAAAGAAAAAAAGGCAAAGAUCUUCGAAAGCAGGUUCUAAUGAAGAAUGCACAGCAGUUACUGGAUUGAGCGGAAAGAGGG